AUGGACGACGACAUAUUUGAUUCAUCUCUAAAUUUAGAAGAAGCCCAUUUGAAAGAAGGCUUCAAUGAGGGCUACAAAGAUGGUCUUGACUCUGGUAAAGAAGACGGUAAACAAGUGGGUCUGAAAACUGGGUUUGAGAUCGGUGAAGAGCUGGUAUUCUACAAGGGAUGUGUGGAUAUAUGGACCUCAGUUAUCCAUGUUGACCCGACCCAGUUUUCUUCUCGGGUUCAAAAAGGUAUUAAGCAAAUGGAAGAGUUGAUUGAGAAGUACCCAGUUAUGGAACCUGAGAAUGAGAGUGUUCAUGAGAUUAUGGAUAGUUUGAGGUUGAAGUUCAAGGCUGUAUGUGCUUCAAUGGGUGUGAAAUUGGAGUAUAAUGGGUACCCAAAAUCUUCUUCAGAUGCAAAUGAGAUGGGAUUUUAACAAUGAAAAAGAAAAAUGGUGAUAGAGUUUUUGUAAUGUUUAAGAAUCAGUUGUGUCAAACUAGCUUUUGAGCUUGUAAUCAAAACUACAGUGUUUGUUUUAAUUAGAUUAUUGUCUUUGUUUGGAAAAUGUUAUCUUUCUUUGGUUUAUCUAAAUAUAAGGUUUUUAUGAAGAUUGGUACUUUUAGUUGGACUUAAUUGGAUUAAAGAGGUUUGUUCAGAUUCGUUCUCUCUAGUCACAGCUAUUAACAAAGGAAUGGUGUUUUUUAAUGAGCUGGGUGUGCGGCUUAAGGAUGUCACAGCUUUAUUUUCUAAACUUUCGUUGUACCAUGUGGUUCGGAAUAAGAAUUCUAAUGCUCAUAGUUUGGCAAAGUAUGCUCUUCGGUUAGACGAUGAGCUAUUCUGGUUUGAGGAGGUGUCGCCGCUAAUUGUGAAUUGUUGUUUUGUUAAUCAUGUGUGAUUUUGAUCACCGCGUCAAAAAUAAUUUUGUGUUAUGAUAUGGGCAGUUGAGAGAGAAAAGAUAAUGUUAAAAGUCGAUGCUUGGUUGUUGUAAGGUGUACAUAUCUGAAAGUAGAAACAGGGCAGCACUAGAGUCCAUUGAAAGAGCUGCUAAGCUAUUCCCAAAAGCUCCCAUUAUCAACAAAUUUGUUGAUGAGACUUACAACAGAGUUGGCUACACACUUGUUUCCAAGUUGGUUCCAUGCCCCUUGAGAACCUCAGUCCUGGCCAUGGUUAAGGCUGCUUUGGAGUCCAUUGACCUUCCAUCCUUUGCUCUCUACUUCUCUGGAUCAGGCUGCUAACAUUGCCAAGUCUUUGGCUGCACAUGUUGGUUAUGGUCUUCAAGGUUCGUCUCUUUAAAGUUUGAUCUUGUUUGAAUUUUGUAGAAGCAAUAACUGUAGUAGUAGAACAUCAAAAAUGGUCUAAGUAAAAUUCUUCAUGACUGUCAAAUAUGUAAAGAUAAUGUUUCAUGACACAUUUUUGGCCACUAAUAUCAUCUACAUAAUACAGCUAUUAAAUUGUAUUUCAUGCAAUAUUUUUAAAAUUCUGUGUAGUAUUGAUUUUUAUAAUACAAUACAACCUGACUUAAUACAGCGUACCAAACCAACACUUAUUAUCUUCUUAUUUCCAUUGCUAAAAACUUUAUAUGUAAUUUGGAGUACCUACUUUUCUAUAUGGAGCUGCCCAUGUAGAAGGGAAAAAGCUUGAUACAAUCAGAAGAGAGUUGGGUUAUUUCAAGCCAAAUUCAAGUGGAAACCAGUGGAUUCACCUCAUGUGUGAUUCCAACAAAAGGAGUCAUUGUCAUCGGAGCAACCCGGUGGGUUGACAACUAUAAUGUUCCUGUUUUCUGUACCGAUCUCUUAGCGAUUCGCAGAAUUGCAAAGGGUGUAAGUGGAAGAGGAGGAGGCCUUCCUUGGGUCCAGGCCAUGGCACUUGCACAUGGUGAGACUGUCAUUGAAGUAGCUUGUAAUUUGUUGGACCCAAAUAUUGUGGGAGGAGAUAGAGUUCAACUUGAAAGUUACUUGAAGUUGGACUUAGGGUAAACGGAGGAUUUAUUUAUUUUAAUUUUUUAUUUUGAAUCACACAUAAAAAAGAAAGCAUUAUUCUAUGUAAUGAAAACAUCCAUGGAAUGAAAUGUUAGAGAAUUUCGCUUUGUUAUU